AUGACGACAGAAACGGCUACUACGAUCAAGACCAAGACGGAGCUGGAGGGAGCCCUCCAUGGGCUGUCCCUGGACGACAAAGCUCCCUCCGCGAACCUGAAAGACACAUCGGACAAGACAUCGGAGAGUCCGAGGGUGGUUCACACACAGAUUCAGUUCUACGGCGGGCCGCUGGGCGUUGCGCCAGAGCCCAUGAUAAUUGGAGGCCCGAGUGAUCCCAUAAAGCCAACCCCCAAGGUCUACGCCCCAGUGGCCAUUACCGAUAUCACAGGCAAGGAAGACGAGUACAGCCUUGCCACACACGGCUUCCAGCUUGCCAAGCACAAGUCUAAGCUGGAGAACAUCGAGGCCGAUAUCACCAACGACGACCUGGUCAAGAGGGUGCACUACCCGGAAAUGAAAGAGUUUCUGGAGGGAGUUCUGCACAAAGCCCCCGGCCUACCGAAGCCGCACAGCAUCCACAUCCUCACCCACAUCCUCCGCAGCGGUCCCGAGGACGGCGAGCCAGACAAAGGCCCGUACGGCCCGCUGUACACUUGCCACGUCGACCAGUCCGCCUGGGCGGCCGAGGGUGUCGCUCGGCGCUGGAUCAAGGACGACGUCGAAGCCCUGCUCAAGCUUCCGCGGUACCAGAUCAUCAACAUGUGGCGUCCAGUCCGCCCCAUCGAGCGCGACCCCUUCGCCGUAACGGACGCGCGAUCAAUCAGCCCCGACGACAUUGUGCGGGUGCCGCUCAGGUUCCCGGACCACGACGCCGAGUCCAUCGAGAUGCGCGCCAACGAGAACCAAAAGUGGUACUACAAGCACGACCAGGCCACCGACGAGGUGCUGCUCUUCACGCAGGUGGACACCACCAAGCGGCGAGGGUGGCCCAAGUGCGUGCCGCACGCGGCGUUCAAGGACCCGGGCAUGGAUGAGAAAAAUGGCCGGCCGAGGUUCAGCGUCGAGGUCCGGGCCAUGGUGUUUUAUGACGAGGACUGA